UUACUUCGGGAAGAGAACCCUGUCCGAUUACCAGACUUCUUCGAUUUCAACUCUAUCCCCCAUAGAUUGGCGGGUAAAUUACUCCAUCAUUUCAAAUUUCCCAAUUUCGAGAAACGAGCUCCGAGCGGAAACCCUAGAUUGAGGCGACGGAGGAAGAAAUGGGAUGUGAUCAUCAUCGUAACCAAUCCGCUGACGGUCUGGUGAUUCUGUUGAUGAAAGCCCACCAUGAUCUCGCAGCGGUUCAGUUCAAGCUGGAGAAGGAGUUUCAACAGACUUACCCUGAGAAUGCAAAUCCCGUGAAGCUGGUUAAUAGGAUAAAGAAGAUACAGGAGGAAGUUUCAGGGCUAAAGGAGCAGUGUCGUGAGCUUAUUGCUGCAAAGCAGGUGCUUCUCCGCUUGGUUUCUGUCAAUUUGGAUUGUCCAGGAUAGUCAAACAACCAAAAUGCUUUCGGAUUGGAUUGGUUAGUAGUAGUGAAUCAGUGAUGGUGCACUUCUGAGUAAUCAGAU